CACACAUGGUGGCAUCUCGGUGCAAACAGUUGGACCUCAUGACCAUGUUUUUAACGUUGUCUAUUCUUUCGCAUAACACUGCCCUGGGAGAUCACCUUCGAAAAGGAUAUUAAUAGACGAGGCUCUUCGACGCCAAGAGCAGACCCAAGCUUCCUUACGUGUAUAUGGCCCGACUUACACGUACGCUCCUCACUUAGCUGGGCAAGUCCAAGUUGAAGCAUGUCAAUCCUAUACUAUUUUGCGCAGCUUUUGAGCCCUGGGAAUCGGGGCCCUCGGGAUGGUGCCAAUAAUCUCACCGUUCCGCCCGGGCUCUCUCUCAUUAGGACUUGAUGAGGUUGAAAAGAGCUCUCGGGAUAAAUGAUGUGCAAGUUCCUUUGUAAGUCUCGUUUGAGGGCGCCUCCUCACGGCCUCAGCUCCCAUGAUAUUGAGAUUCGAACCCCGAUACUGCUUCUGUGACCAUGAGCAACAGCACAGAUGCUCUACACACGAGAGUCAACGGCUGGAGAGUGUCCCCCGAUGGCCGCGGAACCAUGGACAUACUCUGGACGUGCAUCGUCACCACAUUCCUCUGCACAUACACCAUCCUCUGCCUCAACCUGCCCUCGAAACACGAUAGCAACGUACGCAUACUGGGCCGCAAACUCCUGUGGAUGGCCAUUUCAAUCGCCGGGCCCGAAUUCGUUCUCACCGCAGCUGCCGGCCAACUCGCCGCCGCUCGAGACUCCGUCAAGGCAUUCCACGCCCUCGGACACACCUCAUGGACGUACCGACACGGCUUCUUCGCCAACAUGGGCGGAUUCGAGCUGCAGCCCCUAAACGGCGCCCCGUUCCGCGUCAACUCGAAGCACAUCCUCUGGCUAAUGUCCCGCGGCCACAUCCAGUACCCUGAAAUCUCAGACGAAGAGCUCCUAGACAAGUCCAAGCGGGAUACCGUUUCCAAGCUCAUCACCUGCUUCCAGGUCGGCUACCUCAUCGUGCAAUGCAUUGCGCGCGGAGUCCAGGGUCUCCCCGUCACGACAAUCGAGCUGUCCACCAUGGCCAUUGUCGUGUGCUCCAUCAUGACCAGUGUCUGCUGGAUCUCCAAGCCUCAAGACGUCCGAUAUCCCGUGCGAAUCGAGAUGGCCGAGACCAUGGACCAGGUCCUCCGCAGAGCUGGCCCUGUAGCUGCACGGCCGUACCGACAGACUCCCCUCGAUUUUGUAGAUGACUUGACGCCGAGUUGGGCUCUUAACAUCCAGCCCUUCAUCAAGCUGCCCGUCGGACCGUUUGAGCGUCCCUUGCCCCGGAUUGGCGACAGCAGACUGCCGUGGCUGGAAACACUCGAAAGUCUCUACCUGUGCAUCGCCACCAUGAUCUAUGCAUCAAUUCAUCUCACCGGCUGGAAUUUCAGGUUCCCUUCAAAAGCCGAGCAGAUCCUCUGGAGAGUAUCGAGUCUCAUCCUGGUCGGCACAACAGCCCUCUUCUGGGUCCUAGAAACAGGCGCAAUCUGGCAGCGCUACGGCAGCGGACACAAGCUCUGGAAAAGGAUGUUUGGAAGCGAAGACAAGUCAGGCGUCAUAGUAACGGUGACGGAGGACGUAGCUGAGCUAGAAGCUGGACGACCACAAGCUGAUAGGCCACCCAUGCUGGUAUCGCAGCAGCCCGUUGAGGAAAAGGAGGAGGAGGCAUGGGCGCCGAAACAGCUCCCGCUCGUGUGGGAGUUUUGGACCAUCUUCCCGGUCGCCUUUAUUUAUGCGCUGGCAAGGUUCUACAUCCUCGUCGAGCCUAUCGUUGGGCUGAGAUCCAUGGAAGCGGGAGCGUUUCAGACGGUGAACUGGAUGGGCUUUUUGCCGCACGCGGGGUAGAAGAAAUGCAUGUGUAAGUACCGGUAUGAUCUAGGAUUUAGAUAAAGGCUGAAUACCAUCAAGUGCCGGAUGGCUUCUCCUCUGAUCAUCUUAACGCAUGAAUGCAUUGGAGAUUGUUGUCAUGCAGAGCCCUGUCGUUGUGGUCCUCGUU